UAUUAAGAAUGAAUAAAUCAGAAGAACUUUGGAAUAUUGUAGUAAAAGAAGGGCUAAAUAAUUACAAUAACCGGAAGGAGCAACCGGAACUACAAACUCUUUUUUUAGUCGGAACUCCAAAAUCGGGAAAAACAACUCUAAUCCAUGCAUUUCUCGAUAAAGAUGAUGAACCUAAGGCUUCCCUUCCUGUUGAAUAUACAUAUAUUCGGAGAACCAAUAAGCAUAUGGUAAAAGAUAUAUGUUAUAUCUGGGAAGUAGACAUUACCAACAUUACUUUUGUCUCUCAAUUAACCAAGAGUGAGGGUUUGGAGAAGAUUUCUUUGCUGCUAGUGAUUGAUUUGUUGCACGUUCAGGAUCUUUGGAAUGCCUUUGAAACCGUUGAGUCAUUUAAGAAGAAUAUGGAGGCCGAAACGAAAACUAUUGUAAACUUUGGGAUUAUUGGUAUGAAAUACGAUUUAUUUGAGGAUUUAACAACGGAAAAAAAGCUGAUACUUUGUCGAAUUACUAAGCACUACGCUACAAUAUUAGAUGGUCAUUUGAUUUUUUGUGCCAAAAAGGACCGAACUACACUGAAGGUCGCAAAAGAUCUAUUUUCACACUUGGCAUUCACAACAAAGUUUAGCCAUCAACUCAGAUUCGACUUGAGCUCCCCUAUAAUUAUACCCAGAGGUGGAGAGAAUAAAAGUGAAAUAAACUAUUUACAUCACACAUUUGAGACUCAGUUUGCUCACAAGCCGAUUGUUACCAAACGGGAUGACGACGACCCUGCCGAAGAUCUAAAUUAUACAAAUGAUGUUAUCGAUAAGCGGCGGGAAAAAUGCCUUGAAGAAAGCGGAAAACCUUAA